AUGGCAGCACAGGAUGUAGUUUGUCAAGGAAGUAGGAGACCUAUUGGCGAUGGAGAGACUACAAGUGUUUGGAAAAUACCGUGGCUGCCAUGUAGAGAUAAUGGGUAUUUAACAACUGAUAUACCUCAAGAACUAGAAAAUAUCAGAGUUGUUAAUCUAAUGGAGACAGGGAGGAAACGAUGGGAUGAAGAUGUGCUACAGGAUAUCUGUAAUCACAGAGAUGCUACGUUAAGAAUAUUCCGCUUCCAGUGCAGAACCGAGGACUCGUGGUUUUGGAUAUUGGAGAAAUCAGGAUGUUUCUCUGUUAAAAGCUGCUACAGGAAACUACAAGGUGAACAGGACUGGCCACUUGCAGCAUUUUGGAGAUACCAGGGAAAGUCAUUAAUUUUAUAUGGAGAGUUUGUAGAGCUUAUGCAACUCAUGUCUUGUUUGAUUGCCCAUUUGCAAGAAUGGUCUGGGCAAAUGUACGAGGGCCAAGGGCUUUGGCAUCGCCGAAACAGGUGGGUAUGGGACAGAAUUAGUAUUUCUGAAUUUGGUGUGCAAGCAACAGCAAUGAAUAUGCUGUAUGAGUGGCGCCAGAGUAUGUUGGAAAAGCAGAAAUAUAAAGCCGUGUCAAGUGUGAGCCCAAGAAGAUGGUAUCCACCACAGCCAGGUUGGGUAAAGGUUAAUAUAGAUGCUGCUGUGUUUAUAGAGGCUGGUUGCACUAGUAUAGGAAGUACUAUUCGGGAUGAGCAUGGCGCUUUUGUCCGAGCAAGGAACCGCAAAAUUGCAGCAGUAUAUCAACCACGGGAAGCAGAGGCAGUUGGGUUAAAAGAAGCUCUUUCAUGGGUAAAAGAUCUGGGAUAUAAAAGAUGCAUAUUCGAGACUGAUGCAAAGACAGUUGCUGAGGCAUGUAAGAAGGUUCAUGGACGUGCGUAUUUUCACUUAAUUGUGUCGAGUUGUGUUGAGUUAUUUAAGCACUAUGAUGAGGUGCUAGUUGAAUUUGUUCAUAGGUCUGCGAGGUAG